UAGAACAUUCAAUACCGAACUCUCUACGAGUAACUUUAAAAAAAAUAAAGUAUUUUUUUAAUUCAAGAUGAAGCUGCUUCUUAUUGUUAGCGUAUUAGUUUUAGCGUCAGUCGUUAAGAGCAAAAAGUUUACAAGAUGCGAGCUAGUUCGCGAGUUAAGAAACCAAGGAUUCCCCGAAGAUAAGCUACGGGAUUGGGUGUGUCUAGUGGAGCACGAGAGUAGUAGGAACACGGGUAAAAUCGGCAAAGUGAACAAGAACGGGUCCCGAGACUACGGCCUGUUUCAGAUCAACGACAAGUACUGGUGCAGCAACACCAGUACGCCGGGAAAGGACUGCAAUGUCACUUGCUCUGAACUCCUAUCUGACGACAUCACGAAGAUAUCGUCGUGCGCGAAGAAAGUGUACAAGCGCCACCAGUUUCAGGCCUGGUACGGCUGGCGAAACAACUGUCAGUCAUCGAGCUCCCUACCCGACAUCAGCUCCUGCUAAUUCAGCUGCCUCUCUUUCUCUCUCUCUCUCCCUCUUUUAAGCUCGUCUCUCUGGCAAAACUCUCAUCUUCGUCCUCUUAUCCCUGUAUUAACUUUAAUAAUAAGUGACAAGACGCUUCGUGAGGCUACUCUUACAUUACGUUGCCUAUCAAAUUGAUAAUUAAAAAUAUAUGAAUCUUUGUAACCAAUUUGUACCUAAUUUUAAUUUAAAUAAAUGUCGAUAUAAUAUUAUGUAGA